UGGGAUGUAGCAGUGUAUUGCUAAUUUAUGUCAGAAAUAUGUAACAGAACUUCCAUAGUGUACUUAUAUACUGCCUUUAAUAUUCUCUAGCUAGGACACAUUACUGGUAGAGUUGUAGUACAUGCUUGUAUAAUUUGAUCAGCAAAUUGUUGUUUCAGUUGAUCAGUAAACAAUUAGCUGUCAUAUUUACGGAAACCGAGAAACGUUGGCGUGCACACGUGUUGGACUGGUAAUGUGCUAGUGAUGUCAGCCGUUGAAUGAGUCUCUAUAUAUGAGCUAGUAUACGCUCCUUGGACGCGAAGUAAAGGAUAAGCAAGGAAGCACGAUGCAGUAAUAGCAAGUAUAUAGUCCUACAGCUGCUUGAUUGGAAGUCCACAAAGAAGCUCAGAUGAAUUGACUUCCCCAUGUCGUGGAUUAUUGACAACCCAUAAACACAACACAACACAACACAACACAACACAACUACAUAUAAGUGUCUUUUGCUUAUUUGUCAGCUCCUCAAACAUGAAACAUGCCAAAGUAUUCUAUAAUAAGUAGAGAGGAUGUCCUCAUAUUAUGGACGGCAGGUGCGUCUCCUACAUCAUGCCUUAUGUAUUACUUUCUUUUAAUAUAUUAAAAUUCAUGUUCUAAUUUUAUAUUUACGAUGAGAACUGAUUGAGCUGAGAACCUUCAAACUAAAUCAUUUGUGAGAGCUAGUGGCAUGGCAUGGCAUGGAUCAGGCGUUACCUUAUUUCUGGCCAAACACACACAUUUAAUAAUUUACCCAACAAAGAAUGAGGUUGAUGACAGGUAGGAGAGUCAGGCAUGAGGUAUGAAACGUGUGCCAAUCAUAUUAAAUAAUAUCCAUUCAUCCACAUAGAUGAUAGAUAAUUAGAUAUAGGCCAAUUUUAUUCUAUUUGGAAUCUUUCUUCAAAAGGAUCUUCUGUGAAUGUUAUAAUUAUGUAUUACUACGUACGUAGGAAUUCGAAUAUGUGAAAAUUGGUAGGAGAAAGUUUUUGGAGUAAAUUAUGUGACCAAGUCUGGAUGCCUUUUCAAUCUGGUUGCAAAUAUAUGGACAUGAACUUGACCUUUCAAAAGUAUAUCUGACCUUAAUCCAGAGGACUAUGUGAUUUUCUCUAUUAUUCCGUAUAUAUGAUUAUAUGAAUGCAAAUUAUAAUUUUGUGGGGUUUUCACAUCUCGCGUAUCUGAUAAAAUUGUAAUAUGCAGAUUCAAAAGAAUUUAUUUCUUUGUGAUUAAAAUUCUUCCUCUUCUAGACCUUAAUUCACCUAAAAAUUUACGUAUUAUAAUCCUAGUUAAACACGGAGCUGUGCUUGGAAUGAUUCGGUUGAGUUUGUCAGUCAGACAGUCACAAGAACAUUGCAGUUGUUUGACACUUUGACUAUAGUCGGUUGUUAAUCAGAGCCUAGCCUCUCUAAUGAUGUGAAGCAGUAUUAUCUAGCUAAAGCUAAAAGAUGGUCACAGACUCACAGGCAAGUUAUUUUGGUAGGACAGGAACUAGGAUGCAUGAUUUUAAUUCAGUAAGUCGUCUGUUGUAGAAAAGUUCAGUCUGAUUAUCAGACAUUUCUAUGAAUCACACACCGUGACCCCUUAUCAUUGAAUUUGAGGCCAUAUUGAAUUGAAUUGAAUUGAAUUGAAUUCUUCUAGCUAAGGUAUAGAACCUCUAUAGAAAUUAAGAAUUAGCAAACUAGUAUAUAAUGAGUCAAAUAAAGAUCACUUAAAAUAUUUGGUCAAUAUAAUUAGUAUACUGUUUAUUUUCCUUGCUGAACAAGUUGAGAAUUAUGUUCGAGUAUUCUGUCUCCACAGCUUUGACAUUUGUGGUUUUCCAUGACUGACGUGCUGAAAAUCUUUGCUCUGUCAUCCUAGAAUGCUAUAAUAUAUAUGGCUCUUGUACAAGGUUGGUCAAAAUGGGAUAUUUGAAUUUUCUUACAAGUUGAUAAGCAUAUUACAAAACUAAAGUUGAACUCUUCUGUUAAAGAUUUGGAGGAUCUACAAAAAUAUUAAUCUAAAAAAGUUAAUCAAGAUUCAUGGCCACCAAUAUACCAAAAGAUUAAAAAAAUAAUACAAUGUACAUAUUAUUUAUGCUUAUCAUGACACUUUUCGUGUUUUCGGACAUAGCUUACAGUUCAACUACCUAUUCAAUAUAAUCUUUUGUUUAUUAGCAUCUCCUGAAGUUAUCCUCUUUAAAUUCCAGGGUCAAACUUGUUUUCUGUUGGGUGACAGCAACUUUAAUCAUUUUUCAUUGCCUAAUUUAAUUGGUGUAUAACUUUCCUGUUGCUGUAAAUGUGCAAAGAGGGCAACUGGAAUAACCUCAAAGUCUUAGUAAAAUUAGGAAGAAGAAAUCCAAGGAUCGGACUUUCUAGGAUUUACAUGCUAACAUUCUUAGUAGAACCAACUGCUUUACUUAAGAUGAUAAUCACAAGUUUGUACUCGUGUAUUCCUAUUCCUAUACGGCUAUACAUUUUUUCUUAUAUUUGAGCUAGAUAAGACACACAGUGGUUUCACUAGAUUUUUUCAGAUAUAUAGUUGAUGGUGUGGUCAUAAUAUCAGCAUUCAACUUUAAAUUUUUCGAGGAUUUUCUCUGACAUAAUGUGAAUAAUACCUAUAUAUGUUUCAUGAUAUAUCAUAUUAGUACAUUUUAAUCAAAUGUUUCAAUGUGCUAAUCCAUGUUAUCUUGUAGAAUAUGCUUCCCACGUGAGAUAUUGACUUGGUGAUUGGGUGGAUGUCAUGAUAUUUUACUUAGUCCAUGCCUUAUUUUUGUUUUAGUGGAAGGCAAGCUCUAAAUGUGAAAGGUGCAAAAUUUAAAUUCAAAUUCAAAUUCAGAAAAUACUUGUAUAAAAGAGUUGCUCCCCUUUGCAGUCUUGUCAAACUUGAAAAACAUUCAUUCUAAGCACCUGUUCUCUGCUUUGGCGUUUUAUCCAACCUUUCAAAACCUUCUAACUUCCUGUUUUCUGUACUUGGUGAUUUAAUGGAUGAUUCAAUGAGUUCCACAAACCACAACAAGAACAAAGCUCAUUUUUCUGGUGAUGCUUCUGAAGAUAGUGGGUGGUCUUCAUAUUUCGACAACUCUGUAGCUAGCAGUAAUGUGGAAGAUGCAGCUACCUGUUCUGGCUCUGAAAGCUCCUCUAUAUUUUCUUAUGCAGCUGCUUCUGUUGGAAAGAUGCACCCGAAUGAUGAUUGUGUUGUGUCAGCUAGGUCUGUUGCUAAAAGGAGAAAAACGCGUGCCACUUUUAUUGAUCAUGACCUUGAGGACACUGCAACCUCUCCUGUUUGUAAUUUUGAGGCUCAAGACUUGGAACAAUUGCAACUGAAUUUGCAAGAGACAGGUUGUAGUUUGAACUUUUCGCCACCAAUGCAACAAGGAAAGCACGAUUAUUUGAGCUUUUUUCAGGACAAACAAAAUACCUCUAAUCAGACUGGAGAAGCAACACAGUCAGAUUAUGUUGGGAAAGAUAUAAACUAUGCUGGACUAAAGGAAAAGGGGCUGUGUUUGGUUCCAGUAUCUUUGCUAUUCAAGGUUUGGUAAUAAACAGAGACUUGACUAUUCUGGUAUGGAAGAGUGAAGAAUUGGCUUCCUGAUAACUCAUCAGCAUAUAGGCAAAAGACGCUGAUCUGGUGACAUUGAUAUCAGUGAUCUGGUGACAUUGAUAUCAGUAAUCAGUAAUCAGUAAUCAGUAAUCAGUAAUCAGUAAUCAGUAAUCAGUAAUCAGUAAUCAGUAAUCAGUAAUCAGUAAUCAGUAAUCAGUAAUCACUAAUCAGGCCACGCGCACUAUACAAGAAACAAUGGGCUUAAUUUGCUUAUUUGUGGUGAUGAAUCUCGACUCUCGACUCUCGACUCUCGACUCUCGACUCUCGAGGAUGAAGAUGAGCAUCACUAUUCACUACUACAGGUCCAUCUCAUCUCAAACAGCUUCUCUAAUAGUCUUUGACUAGUUGCGAUAAGGCUACAGCACGGGUCUCCUCUGAUCCUGCCUCAGGGACAUUAUUUAAUAUGGAGUGCUGAUAUUAUUUCUCUUGUAGUUGAGCAUAAUUACAAGAGCUUAAAUGAGUUGUCUUGUGUGAUGAUAAGAUCAUUUAUAAGCUGAUAGGAGCAUCGCUAUGCACAACAGGUCAAUAACAUCAGCACAAAUCCUUCCGCUAGCUGUCAAGGCCAAAGACCAAUCUGUGUCAUUGCUGCUUAAUUCUGCAUCUUUCCUAAUGUAUUAGUUGAAAACAUUAUGGAUAUAUGUGUUACUUAGAUGUGUCCACCUUCCAUGUUGAGGAUUAGAAUAUUCAUAUUCCUUGGUUGUACUGUAUAUUUGAAUAGAUAUGCUGUACUGGUGCCUGCAAGUGCCUAAUGUAUAUAUUAUCCGUACAUUAUAUAUUAGAUAUUAGAUAUUAGAUAUUAGAUAUUAGAUAUUAGAUAUUAGAUAUUAGAUAGAUCACUCAGUUUUGGAAAUGUAUCCAUGUUGUACAAACUAUUGUGAGCAACUUUUUCAUAGUUAAAUGUACUAUUGUGAGCAACUUUUUGUAUGGCUUUAUUAUCGUACU